GUUGACUUUUCGUUCCAUCAGUAUUUCUCCCCAGCUACUUCUCGCGUUUAGAAAUUGCUCUUGACACCAUUUGCUGUAAAAUCGAAAACCGUCUUUGUUUCGCAGCCUUGUAAAAGAAGCGUUUCACCACUCUUGAGGGACGAUCCUGUGUCUGCAGCGUACGCCUUCUUCCGCUCGUGCCGUGUUUCUUCUCCAAACACACAGGCCGCCCUGUUUCCGCAUAAAAUGACAAAUCGCUCUCUCCACCGACUUUUGCGUCUUUUGCUCCGCUCGGAAAGCCGACCAGUCAACUUGCAUGCGGGCGACUGCCUCUGACGCUCGCAUCCUGCGCAGAUCCUCGUCGUUGCCUUUCGACUUCUCCUAGCAGCUGUCUUAGUCGAUCUGUCUGUUCGGCGACUCAUCAGUCGACAGUUCGCGUUGUGCCCGCCUCUUAAAACGCUGUAAACAUGGAAACUCCGUCUUCCAAAGGGUCUGCGAGUGCUCCCUUGAUCUCCCUCGCAGCCUCCAAAAAAUGGGAGGAGUUUCUGGCGACACUCGACGAGCUUGAGACGGCUUCUGCGGCCAGGACGUCGGCAGAGAGGGCAGCGGUGUCCAAGGACGAGAGCGCAGUGGAGAGAAAUCUGGAGAAAGAAUUCGAGGAGACAGAUCCGAAGACAGGCAACACGGUGGCACACUUCGUCGCGGCUGCAGGUCACGUUGAAGCUCUCGAAAAGCUCGUCUCCUUGGUUCGAGCGAGAGCUGAAGGCGACACGAACAGUGGGGGUCGCUACGGGAUUCUGCGCGCAAAGAACCGGUCUAACAGGACUCCACUUUCUCUGCUUGAAAUGGAGAUCGCGCAGGUGAAGAACAGGCUAGAGGACGAGCUGGAAGAGACCCUCGACCCAGAAAAGAGAGCAAACUUCCGGAAAAGACUCGAAACGCUCGAACAGACGAAGACAUGGCUCUUGAACAAUUGCUACUCCGCCACAGAGCGUCUGUUCUACGGAGACGGGUCUUUCGAGCAGAUGGUCAAGGAAUUUUCUGCAUGUCCAGCAGGCCUCUACGAGCGUCUCGAGUUCUACAACGACAUGCCAUACCCCUUCUUGUGUGUGGAGGAGAAUGACCGCCAAAAAAUUGCUUGGAUUGCCUCGCAACAGUUUCCUGCACCCCCAUCUGCCCCGGGUGUAUCGACACCGGCUUCGCCUCUUGAGUUGCGAGACGACGAAGGAAACACUGUGCUGCACCUUGUUCACUUCGAAGUCGACCUCGGUCCCCUGGAGGACGAGGAGGACGAGGAGGACGAAGAAGCAGAAGAAUCGGGGAAGCCCAGAGCAGGCAAAAACAUCAAGGCCGCCGCUGAAACCACAGAUGACGGUGACAGAAAGCGAGAAGCUGCAGAAGAAGAAACAACUCCACCGGGCGAAGAAGACGAGAAGAAACACCCCAGGGAGCUGGCGGCCAUUGGCGAGUCCGUCUUGAAAGCGCUCACGCAGUCGGACAAGGAUACGCUCUUGACGCUGAAUCUGCUUCUCAGCUACCCUCUCGUCAAGAACUUUGUGAAUACGCCGAACAACCACGGACAGACGCCGGCACACUUCAUCGCCGAGGACGCCCCCACAGGAGACGCGGCACAUGCGGCUAUGAUUCUCCUCGUGAACGCAGGCGCUAACUUGAACAUCAAGGAUGGAGAUGGACGCACGCCGUUCAUGGCGCUCUGCGGAGCACACGGAGGCGGUCCUUGGGUCGCUUGGGCGCAGCGGCCGAGACACGAAGGCGGAGGCGGAGUAGAUCCUCUUCUCAAAGACAACGAAGGCCGGACCUUCAAGGAGUACAUUGAAAUGGGAGAAGAUGAUGAAGACGACUGUUGGGACGACGAAUUCGAGGAUGAGGAAGAAGAGUAAAGGAUGGCCUUUCGCGUAGAACAGAACUGCUUGGCCUUCCUGCUUUUCCAUUCUCUGUUCUUGCGUGUUUUUCCUGCCGAGUUUUUGCGAUCCUUCAAACGACCGACGGUCUCGCCGCUACCCCGGCGCCAGGUUCGCUGUGUUUCUCUCUCGGUCUUUUGUCUUUGUUUCUGUCGCCAGUUCCUCUUUCUGUCUCUAUCUGCUUUUGUUUCUAUAUUCAGACUUGGUCUCUAUCUUCGCUAUGUUGCACAGGCGCGUUUCCUUCUUGUUCGUGUGUUUUCGAUUUUUCGCGCGCCUCUGGCUCUGUCUCUGCUCCUUGCUUUCGCUGUCAUUCGUGCUGACGCACCUUGUUUCCGUUUGUUUCCUCGGUCUUUUGCGGAUCUUUUCGAAACUCGACUGACAGCUUUCUCUUCGUUUCGACUGGCACCUGGCUUUCAAAGUCUUGACUCCGCCUGCUGCUCAGGUCCUCCGCUGACCACAAAAAGAGUCCUGGGCACGAUCCCGCC